AUGCAGAGCUCCCUCCUGCCCAUUCCUGCCAUCCGGCACCAGAGCUCCCGGAGCCCGGCGCUGCCCCACGGACUUGUUGCCAAAACAUCUCUGACCUCCCCUCCAUGGCCUGAAGUGAAACUCCCAGAUCCAGCAGAAGAGGCCAAGUAUCAUGCAGAUGUGGUGCAGAGGGUGAACGGGCUGAUCGCGGCCGGGCGCUACGGGAGACUCUUUGCUGUGGUCCACUUUGCCAGCAAGCAGUGGAAAAUCACCAGUGAAGACCUGAUUAUGAUGGACAACGUGCUGGAGGCCGAGUGUGGAGACCGGAUCCGGCUGGAGAAGGUUCUGCUGGUUGGGGCUGAAGACUUCACCCUCAUUGGAAGGCCACUCCUGGGGAAAGAUCUGGUCCGUGUGGAGGCCACUGUGAUUGAGAAGACAGAGUCGUGGCCGAAAAUCAACGUGCGCUUUUGGAAGAGGCACAAUUAUGAAAGGAGGAAGAUCAUCAUCCACCCACAGACCGUCCUGCGGAUAAACACCAUAGACAUCUCCCCCUGUCUGUCCUGAUGGGCUGAGCAGGUGUUGAGCAUUGUGCCUCAGGCAAUUGUGGAAAUAAACCUGCCUUGUUGCUGGAAGGUUCUGGACUUUGUGCGGUUGGUGGGAAUGGAAACCUAG